CCAUGAUCGCCCUCUAGCUUUUAAAUCCAUCCUUAGUUCAUCUUUAAAUCGAUCAUCUACACCCAUUUCACCAUGUCUUCAGCCAUCACCACUUCCCUGCUUAUGCUGGAAUACACCGGCACUCCCAAUCUUGUCGCCCAUGUCAUCGGCGCAAACCCCACAGCUACGACAUUCGUCUUGGACUGCGAAAAACCAAAGAACAAGAAGACCUGGGACGAGGACGAGUGCUGGUUCACGAAAGAGACUAUCAUUCUCGGCCCGUGGGCUGACAAGACACCUGCGCCUGGAGCCGUAACCACCGGUAUCUGGAGAGAAGGUAGCGUCGACGACGAUGAAGAAGAAGGCUACUCGUUCUCGAUGGAAUGCCAAAUGGAUUAUACGAUGCCUAAAGUCUGCACUACUACCAACCAUGCUUCUUUUUCCUUCCACGACGGUCGGGAGGUUACAGCGACGUACACCAAACACGGCGGUACGACGUUUGACGGGUUCUUCUAUUUUGGAUAUGGAUACUUUGACUGGACUCCCGUAACUGUCACAGCUGGUCAGUCGUAUCUUCUUUCUUCUAAGACCGCCGCUUCCACGGAGGCCACGGCCACGAGUGAUGUCUCUGGAACUGCCAAUCCUGCAAAAGCAACGACCUCGGCGGGUGAAACUACCAGCACGAUUGAUGAUGGUGUGAUUACCGUUACUGGCGAGGCUUCGUCUACAACGACUUCGAGUAACGGUGCAGGCACUAGACGUGCUUUAAGCCUCUGGGCUGCAGUGGGACUUGCGGCGACUGUGGUCUUGUUAUGA